AUGAAACCGGUAAACACUUUUACUAUCAGAAAAUGUUCAAAACUCGAACUGGGGGGUUCAUGGCGACAUUUCCCUCAGAGAUCUAGUCUCACCCUUCAUAUAGUAGUUGAACGUGAUGGAGGAGGUGUUGUGAUGAUAUAUUGGAAAGGUGAUGCUUUAAUGAAAUUGUAUUGGAAUAAAAGAUCCUGUCUCUCGUUCAACGCGAGCUAUCCUUCUCUUGCGGUGAAGCAAGUUCUGGCUCGAGGAAAUGUGAAUCAGCGAAUUCAAGUUGAUUUUAGACACAUAGCUGAGUUUGAGAAAUGCUGUGAUGCUAUCAAGAGAUUGGAUUUGCCAUUAAAAUUCCUGGAACGUCAAUCUGCACCCGAGGGAGCGUCCCAGGGCCCAAGUCAGGCUGUUGAUAUUCUCGAUUCGCAAAUGUGGCCACUAUUCAGUUGUCUGCAGCCUCGUGGACAAGAUAUUCACAGCGAAUUCAACGAUUAUACUCAGUCUAAUAAUACCUCAAAUUUCAGCCAGGGCUUGACAUUUGCUUCUACUCAAAAUACUUCGGUUCCUGAUACAAGCACAACUAUUCAUGAUAAAGGUACCGCGGUUUAUGGCGAUAUCCUCGAACCGGCUUAUGACCCAAGUUCAGUGAAUGAAUUUUUGCCAGUAAAUAAUGUCCACUUUGACCUAUCGAUGUCUGACUCGGAAUUUAAGGCUGAGCUUUUGAAAAAACUAAAGCAAAAGCCCUUUCUCCAGCUACUCAAAAAGGUGGAAGCCACAAUGAUUGACGAUCAAGAGCACUAA